AUGGCCUAUGCUGAGGAAGACAGAAGCAGCUAUGAGGCGUGCCAGGAGGCAGCAGAGUGGCUGCGUGCCCGCGCUGCCCGGCGGCCCAGGGUCGCCAUCGUCUGCGGCUCCGGGCUGGCAGCUCUGGCCGAUGUGCUGGACAGCAGGACAGUCUUCCUAUACGAGGACAUCCCCCACUUCCCACAGAGCUCAGUGUCAGGGCACGUUGGCAGAUUGGUGUUUGGGGAGCUGAAUGGGCAGCCCUGCGUGUGCAUGCAGGGAAGAUUCCACUCCUAUGAAGGCUACUCUCUCAGCACGGUCACCUUUCCCAUCAGGGUGUUCUUUCUCCUGGGGGUGGAGAUCUUGAUUGUCACAAAUGCUGCUGGAGGACUGAAUCCCCACUUCCAAGUGGGGGACAUCAUGUUCAUAAGGGAUCACAUCAGCUUGUUUGGCCUGGGAGGGCAGAAUCCCCUGCGUGGACCAAACGAUGAGCGGUUUGGAGUGAGGUUUCCCUGCAUGUCAGACGCUUAUGAACCAGAUCUGCUCAGCCUGGCCAUGGAGAGUGCCCAGGAGCUGGGGUUGCUGAGCUUCACCAGGGAAGGAGUGUACUGCCUGCAGGCUGGGCCCAGCUACGAGACCGUCGCCGAGUGCCGCCUGCUGCAGGCGCUGGGAGCCGACGCUGUGGGCAUGAGCACUGUCCCAGAGGUAAUUGUAGCCAGGCAUUGUGGCCUCCGAGUCCUUGGGAUCUCCCUCAUCACCAACAAAGCAGUGAUGAGCUACAGCAGCCAGGAGAAAGCCAACCACGAGGAGGUGCUGCGCAUCUCGGUGCUCCGCGCUGAGGCCCUGCAGAAACUGAUCUCACACCUCCUUGGCAAGCUGGGGGAAAGCUCAGACUCUCUAUGA